GAGAAAUUAGACCAGAGUCUCUCUCUCUCUCUCUCUCUCUCUCUCAAUGACCGCUACCCCACCCAACCCUACCCGCACCCGGUCCAAGCCACCAACCCUUCCCUUCUCCCUCCACAAGUUCAUCACACACACACACACACCUACCACGUCUUCGUUUUCUUUAUUUCUGUAUAUCUAACUUCCCUUAUUUCUAUAUCUAAUUUCCGUCGGGCAGGUAAUUUUGAACCAUGGCGAAUUCUUCUCUCUCCACCAAACAAUUCCUCUCCGCGCAAUCCUCGUCGGACUUCGGAUCACUACAACGGUCCGGUCUCCAAAAGCUCCCGUCUCAAGCCGUCCGAUUCUCCAGCCCUCGAUCCCGUCACAAGAAGCUCGUAAUACAAGCAGCUGGGAAUACAUUUGGAACUUACUUCCGUGUUACCACAUUUGGAGAAUCUCAUGGUGGUGGAGUUGGUUGUGUAAUUGAUGGAUGCCCUCCUAGGCUUCCUAUUUCUGAAGCUGAUUUGCAAGUGGAGCUAGACAGAAGGAGGCCAGGUCAGAGCCGAAUUACUACACCAAGGAAAGAGACUGAUACUUGUCGAAUAUCUUCAGGCGUUGCUGAAGGCUUGACAACUGGAUCUUCAAUCAAGGUUGAAGUACCCAACACAGAUCAGAGAGGACAUGAUUAUAAUGAGAUGUCAAUAUCGUAUAGACCUUCUCACGCAGAUGCUACAUAUGACUUCAAGUAUGGUGUAAGAUCAGUGCAGGGGGGAGGUAGAUCUUCUGCUAGAGAAACAAUUGGGAGAGUUGCUGCUGGAGCUGUUGCUAAAAAAAUCCUCAAGCUAUUUUCAGGAACUGAGAUUCUUGCUUAUGUUUCUCAAGUCUAUGAUGUUGAACUUCCAGAGGGUUUGGUUGAUCAUGAGAGUAUGACACUUGAUCAGAUAGAGAGUAAUAUUGUUCGCUGCCCAAAUCCUGAAUACGCAGAGAAGAUGAUUGCUGCCAUUGAUGCUGUUCGAGUGAGAGGGGAUUCUGUUGGUGGUGUCGUCACAUGCAUAGCAAGAAACGUUCCACGCGGGCUUGGUUCACCAGUUUUUGAUAAACUUGAAGCCGAGCUAGCAAAAGCUGCUAUGUCCUUGCCCGCAACAAAGGGGUUUGAGUUUGGAAGUGGGUUUGCAGGUACAUUUAUGAUGGGGAGUGAGCAUAAUGACGAGUUUUUUGUUAAUGAACAUGGCCGAAUCAGGACAAGAACAAACCGUUCUGGUGGGAUCCAGGGUGGAAUUUCCAAUGGAGAAUUAAUAAACAUGAGAGUAGCUUUCAAGCCAACUUCUACAAUAUCGAAGAAACAACAUACAGUUACCAGAGAUAAGCAUGAGACUGAACUUAUAGCCCGAGGUCGUCAUGAUCCUUGUGUUGUCCCACGAGCGGUGCCGAUGGUGGAGGCCAUGGUAGCUCUGGUGCUUGUGGAUCAACUCAUGGCACAGCACGCACAAUGUAAUUUGUUUCCCCUCAACCCAGCAUUACAGGAACCGAUGCAGUUGCCAAGCCUUGAGCCUGCUGAAAUUUCCCUAUGAAAGGUGCGAAGUCGCUCGCUGGCAUUAGUUUUUGCUCAAUUUCUUUGUCCCCCAUUAUGGAUAUUUUCUCCCGAUUUUUAGUGUGUUUUUGGUGUGUUUAACGCAAAGAUUUCUGCUUCGACGUGAGUUGUAAUAAGUUGGCAGUAGUGAUCAUGUCUCAAGUAUCGAUUUCCCUUGCCUGGAUACAUCAUGAAAUGACAACGAAUAAUGAAGUUAUUGUUCCUUGGGAAGAAAUCCUACUGGAAUUCCAUAUCAUUUGAGCA